AUAGAAUCCCGUUGCCAUGACUCCCUAGUUGCGUCCCUACACUCUCAGAGGCACAGCUGCGAGGGCGGAGGGGAAUCCUGCCGGUUUCCUUGUUUCCCUGACCAGAGAUCCAAAAAAGCGCCAUGGGCCGAAUCACAGAAGAUCUUAUUCGGCGGAAUGCUGAGCACAAUGACUGUGUCAUUUUUUCCCUGGAGGAACUCUCCUUGCAUCAGCAAGAAAUAGAAAGGCUAGAACAUAUUGACAAAUGGUGCCGGGACUUAAAAAUUCUCUAUCUUCAAAAUAACCUCAUUGGAAAAAUUGAAAAUGUUGGCAAGCUGAAGAAACUUGAAUAUCUGAACUUAGCAUUAAACAACAUUGAAAGAAUUGAGAACUUGGAAGGAUGUGAGUGGCUAACAAAACUUGACUUGACUGUAAAUUUUAUUGGAGAACUUAGCAGUGUUAAAACCCUGACACACAAUAUUCAUCUGAAGGAGCUGUUCCUCAUGGGUAACCCAUGUGCUGACUUCGAGGGCUACAGGCAGUUUGUGGUGGUGAUUUUACAACAGUUAAAGUGGUUGGAUGGCAAAGAAAUAGAGCGUUCUGAAAGGAUCCAGGCAUUGCAGAACUAUGCAGCAGUUGAACAGCAAAUCAGAGAUCAGGAGAAAGCUUACUGCCUCAGACGAGCCAAAGAGAAAGAGGAAGCUCAGAGGAAACUUGAGGAAGAAAAUAAAAAUGAAGACAAGAAGAAGAGCAGCCCAGGCUUUGAUGGGCGUUGGUACACAGACAUCCACACUGCUUGCCCAUAUGCCAUGGAGAAUCAAGACCAUCUCCAGGCACCAGAAACACAAGAAGAACAACACAACACAAAGACAUCAGAUGAAAUUGAAGAUGAUCUGGCGUUCUGGAACAAGCCGUCUUUGUUCACCCCUGAAUCUAGACUGGAAACUCUCAGACACAUGGAAAAACAACGUAAAGCCCAAGAUAAGUUAAGUGAGAAGAAAAAGAACUUGAAACCACCCCGGACUUUGAUUACAGAAGAUGGGAAGGCCCUGAAUGUCAAUGAAGCCAAACUUGAUUUCUCUUUGAAAGAUGACGAGAAACACAAUCAAAUCAUCCUGGACCUGGCUGUCUACAGGUACAUGGAUACUUCUUUAAUUGAGGUGGAUGUGCAGCCAACUUAUGUUCGAGUAAUGGUCAAAGGAAAGCCAUUUCAGCUUGCCCUUUCUACAGAGGUCCAGCCUGACAGCAGCUCUGCUAAAAGGUCUCAGACAACAGGACAUUUGCUGAUCUGCAUGCCCAAGGUAGGAGAAAUGAUCACAGGAGGUCAACGAACACCCAUGUCUGUGAAAACCACUUCUUGUAGCAGCAAGGAACAAACAAACCCCAGCAGAAAGCGGAUAGAAAGAUUAGAAGUUGAUCCCAGCAAGCAUUCCUGCCCUGAUGUGUCUACCAUAGUGCAAGAGAAAAGACACAAACCCAAAAGAAUGGAAUCUCAACCCCAAGUUGAACCCAGUGAGGAAGAUCCAGACUUUGAUGACAACCCAGAAGUGCCUCCAUUGAUUUGAAACAUGAGGCUGUGUUGCCAUUGACUGUGACCUACAGACCCAUGUUGCUUGGCGUUGGUAGUGAAUAUGUGUCAUUCCUAGGGUAAUCAUAGCUCAUUAUCGUUUUACCUGAUGUUAUAAUGCCUUCUUUGCAUUGUAAUAUUCUUAAGUGAGUUUACAAUUAUAUUACAUACCUUAAAUAUGC